CAUUAGGUGGUUGCAUAAUAAUUAGGUGCUCUGCAAGUCAAUUCAAACUAUGAAAGAACGAGCUGAGUGAAAGGAGUUGAAUGGGUAACGCGCCUAUAAGUCCUCAGCACUCGCUUGUUUUCUAAUUCAACACGUUACCAUUCAGAAAUUUCUUCACAGAUUCACGUGUUUCUAGCUUACCACUGUUUCUCCCUAUAAUAGCAGUUUGGUUUCCGUAUUAACCGAACAAUCAUACUUCCCUUCAUUCAAGAUUGGAUUUUCAGGAGAGAAAUCUGCAGUUUGUUGUCCGAAUUAGCCCAACAAUCAUACUUCCCUUAUUGCAAGAUUGGAUUUUCAGGAGAGAAAAUUGGGCAGAACUUGAAUGAUGGGGAGUCCUUUGUUCUUGGCAUUGGGAGUCAUUGUGCUGCUGUUUGGUUGGGAUGCAGCUGCACAGACUUCGAAUUCAAGCUGUCCUUUGAAAUUCACAGGUGAGACCAAAACUUUCCAAUACUGUAGCAAGCUAAAUGCAUUAGGAGCUACUCUGUCAUAUAUCUACCAUGUAGAGAAUGGAUCGUUAGAAAUAGCCUUCCAGGCCAAACCUCCUGCUUCUGGGGGGUGGGUGUGUUGGGGAAUAAAUCCAAAGGGGCUAGCAAUGAUAGGCACACAGGCUUUGAUUGCCUUUCGACUGGGUAAUGGAACAACUGUGGUCGACACCUAUGAUGUGGAAUCUAAGUCUGAUGCUUUGAAUCGUUCAAAGAUUAGCCUCAAUGUGACCAGCAAGAGUGCUGUGUAUGAGGCUAGCAGUGGGAAGAUAACAAUAUUUGCUUCCUUGGUGCUUGAUUCCAACCAAAUCAGUAUUAAUCAGGUGUGGCAAGUGGGCAGCUCAGUUACUAACUUCAGUCCUGACGUCCACAAAUUUGAUGAUGCCAAUCUUCAGAGUUUAGGGGCACUCAAUCUCAGUGAAGCCACCUCUGUUCCUUCUAGUCCGAUUACACCGACUUCAAAUUCAGGCUGUCCUAUAAAAUUCACAGGUGUGGCUAAAACUUAUGAUACUUGCAACAACAUGAGUUUAGGAUCUACUCUGUCAUAUAUCUACCAUGAACAGAAUGGAUCGUUUGACAUAGCUUUCCAGGCCAAACCUUCUGCUUCUGGGGGCUGGGUAGGUUGGGGGAUAAACCCACAGGGGCUUCAAAUGAUUGGCACACAGACUUUGAUUGCCUUUCGAUUGGCUAAUGGAACAACUUUAGUUGACACGUAUGAUGUGGUCUCUAAGUCUGAUGCUUUGAAUCCUUCAAAGAUUAGCCUCAAUGUGACCAACAAGAGUGCUAUGUAUGAAAGUAGCAGUGGGAAGAUAACAAUAUUUGCGUCCUUGGUACUUAAUUCCAGCCAAACCAGUGUUAAUCAGGUGUGGCAGGUGGGCAGCUCAGUCAGUAACUUGAGUCCUGGCGUCCACAGUUUUGUUCAGACCAAUCUUAAGAGUUUAGGGACACUGAAUCUCCAAAGUGGAGCCACCUCUGCCCCCCCGGUUGAAUCGCCUACACCGGCUGUCAAUACUACUCCUUCUACACAGACUUCGAAUGCAAAUUGUCCUUUACAAUUCACAGAAGGUGGGAGCAAAUCUUACAAAUUCUGCAGCAACCUGAAUUUAGGAGCUACUGUGUCGUAUAUCUACCAUCAACAGAAUGGAUCGUUAGACAUAGCUUUCAAGGCCGCCCCUCUUGCUUCAGGGGGGUGGGUAGGUUGGGGGAUAAACCCACAGGGGUCACAAAUGAUUGGCACACAGGCUUUGAUUGCCUUUCGAUUGAGUAAUGGAUCAACUGUCGUGGGCACAUAUGAUGUGCAAUCUAAGUCUACUGUGACUCCCUCACCUAUUAGCCUCACUGUGACCAGCAAGAGUGCUGUGUAUGAGAGUAGCAGUGGGAAGAUAACGAUUUUUGCUUCCUUGGUACUCAGUUCCACUCAAACCAGUGUUAAUCAGGUGUGGCAGGUGGGCAGUACAGUCAGCAACUCGGUUCCUGGAAUCCACAGUCUUACUCCAGCCAAUCUCAGAACCGCAGGGACACUCGAUCUCCUAAGUGGAGCCACCUCUGCUUCUGGCAGUUCUGCUCACCAGACUCUCAAAAAUAGACAUGGGAUACUUACUGUUGUAAGCUGGGGCAUACUGAUGCCCAUUGGAGUCAUGAUUGCUAGAUAUGUCAAGACAUUUGAAGUUGCAGAUCCUGCAUGGUUUUACCUUCAUGCCAUAUGUCAAACCUCUGGAUAUGCUAUUGGAGUGGGUGGCUGGGCCACUGGCUUAAAACUAGGCAGUUAUAGUAAAGGCAUAGAACAAACUUCACACAGGAGAAUUGGGAUUAUACUUUUUGCCCUUGCAACUUUACAGGUUUUUGCUCUACUCUUGAGACCUAAGAAGGAUAACAAGUUCCGUAUAUACUGGAAUAUAUAUCACCAUUCUGUUGGCUAUUCAGUGAUUGUAUUGAGCAUCAUAAACAUCUUUAAAGGAUUUGACAUCUUGGAUCCUGAAAAGAAGUGGAAGAGAGCUUACAUUGGUGUUCUUAUUGCUUUGGGUGCAAUUGCAGCCCUUCUUGAAAUUGUGACAUGGAUUAUCUACUUCCAACGCAAGUCAAGAAAUUCUUCCAAACACAGAAGUGAAAUGAAUGGAAAUGGCAGAUAGAAUGGAAAUGGCCUAACUCAAUCAUACCUGUAGGAAAAUGGUUACAAUGAAAUUCUCCCUUUACCUGUUGUUGCAUUCCCUACACAGAAUUCACAGGCUGUAAUUUUUAGUACGCAGUAGAAAAUUUGAGGCUAGCUUUAUAACUUAUUCUUUGACUACUAAUAUAAAUAACAGUCGGAGCACACAUUUUCAUGUAAUGAGUACCCUUUUAUGGAAUGAAUAUCAAUUAUUGACCCUAGCUUAGGGUACUGAAUUUUUUAA